UGAGCUGAGGGCGAUGCGGCUGCCCGGGCUGUUCGGGCGGCUGAAGGCGGCGGUCGUCGGGGUGGUGCAUGUGGGAGCGCUGCCAGGGACACCAAGAAGUUGUCUUCCAUUGACCCAGAUCAUUGAUCAAGCUUGUCAAGAGGCAGCAACUUACAAGGAUGCAGGAGUUGAUGGCUUGAUAGUGGAAAACAUGCACGAUGUCCCUUACACGUUGUGUCCUGGUCCCGAAGUGACAGCGGCGAUGGCGGUCGUUAGCGCUGCGGUGAGACAGACCUGUCCCCGCCUGGCGCUGGGCGUCCAGGUCCUGAGCGCCGCAAAUCGACAGGCGCUGGCCGUGGCUCUGGCUGCAGGUCUUGAUUUUAUCCGGGCUGAAGGGUUUGUGUUUUCUCAUGUUGCUGAUGAAGGGAUUAUAAAUGCUUGUGCUGGUAACCUGCUACGAUACAGAAAACAAGUUGGAGCAGAGAACAUUCAGAUUUUUGCUGAUAUUAAAAAGAAACAUAGUGCUCAUGCUCUGACGGCGGAUGUCAGCGUGGCCCAGACGGCUUCGGCUGCCGAGUUCUUCCUGGCUGAUGGGGUGGUACUGACCGGCACCGCUACCGGCCUGCCCGCCGAUCCUCGGGAGCUGAAAGAGGUUAAACAUGCUGUGAAGAUUCCUGUGCUGAUUGGGUCUGGAGUGACUCUGGAGAACGUGAGGGAUUACUUGGAUGCAAACGCUCUAAUAAUUGGUUCGUAUUUCAAGAAAGAAGGUUAUUGGGCAAAUGGUGUUGAUCCUGACCGAGUAAAGAGAUUUAUGGAACAUAUAAGUAAACUGAGAGAUUGAGUUUGUCAGUAAAACACUGGUUUUUGUGUGUGUAAGUGCAGUAUGGUACAUCGUACAGAAUUAAAGCACAAAUGUGUGCUUGAAUGGCUAAUAAAAUUAAAUGAAAAUGCACAUCAUAACUAGCUGGGAAAUACGGUGACACUUUACAAUAAACUGGUGCUCUGAUGUUUGCUUCUUGGCAGCAUGUUUCUGUGGCACUCAAAGCCAUUGUCAAUCAAAACCAACUCUCCUGUAAGCAAAAUGCUUAUGUGGUUUAAGAAUUUGUAGUAAAUAUUCAUCACAGGUGAGCUGAAUUUUGUUUUGCCUGCGAGUACAAUGGGAUGCCCUAAGUUUAUAGCUAAGAGUAUUGUAAAUUGGACAAGUUAAUUAGCCUUUCAGUUUCCCCAUCUGUAAAAUGAUGAUAAUAGUACCUACAUCACACAGGGGUUGUAAGACAUAAUGAAUGAAUGAAUGUACAGCACUUUCAUCUCCUCAAAUGAAGGGCUCUAUUAAAGUUCAAGAUCAUUAUUUUUUCAUUAGAAAUGUGCAUUUAUUACAAAAAGGUAGUAAUUGUAUACUGUACAAAAAUUUAAGAUAAUUGGGAAGUUGAUUUACUUACAAUACUUAUUCUCUAAUAAAUGUAAAUAUUUAAUUACA